CAGUCAGUCACUCAGAGGAGUUUUCAUAGUUCAGGAGUGAUAACCUGGAAAGAUGGAACUUUAAUGAGCCCCGCGGAGACGUCUGCUACAUUCAUCCAUGGCGAGGUCAAAGGCGAGGGUGUACAUUUGCGCGCUGCUGCUGCUCUGCGCGCUCGUCUUAAUUGUGUGUCUUGCUGUAUUUGUAAGGCGCAAGUGUCCAGUCGGGAGUUUCUCACGUGCUGCAGUGGCCGCAGACUCUCGGAAGUGUUCAGAGAUUGGACGGGACAUCCUCCAACGAGGGGGCUCAGCGGUAGAUGGCGCCAUUGCUGCGCUGCUGUGCACCUCCAUCGUCAACCCUCAGAGUAUGGGCCUGGGAGGGGGGUCGAUAUUCACUGUGAUGGACAGCUCUGGUAAAGUGAAAAUCAUCAACGCCAGAGAGACCGUACCACAGAAGUUUAAUCCUGACCUGCUCAAGUCAUGUCCCAAGACCUUCCAGCUGCUGUCAGGUAGCCAGUGGAUUGGGGUCCCAGGGGAAAUUCGAGGAUACGAACAGGCACACAGGCUUUAUGGGAAGUUGCCAUGGGCCACCCUCUUCCAGCCGACCAUCCAACUGGCCAGGGAAGGGUUUCCCAUCCCUCCAAUCCAGGGUCGAUACAUCUCACACGUUGAUACGAACGAGACCCAGGCACUACGGAAGUUAUUUUCAGAUAAGGACGGGAACUUGCUGAAGACUGGCAACAUAGUGAGGUUUGAGAAACUGGCCGACACCUUUGAGAUGAUUGCAAAUCACGGGGCAGACAUCUUCUACACUGGGAGAGUGGCAGAGGAUUUAAUCCGAGACAUACAGGAGGCAGGAGGAACGCUCACGGUGCAGGACUUGGCGUCGUACAGAGUUACAGUGACUGAUGCGUGGGCUGUUCCUUUGGGAGAGUAUCAGCUGUACAUACCUCCACCCCCUGCAGGCGGCACCAUCCUCAGCCUCAUCCUCAACAUCCUCAAAGGAUAUGGCCUGAAUUCAGCAUCUCUGACAGGUGAACUGAAGACUCUGGCUUAUCACCGCUACGUUGAAGCCUUCAAGUUUGCCAAUGGACUGAAGAAACACAUCCAUCCACAGCACACAUCAGAACAGAUGGCGAGGAAAUUCACAGAGGACAGCUUUGCCGACCACAUUCGCAGCUUGAUCAGCAGCGACAAGACUCACGAUCCCCGGUACUACAACAUCACCCCGCACCUGGACAGUGUGGGCACCACACACGUGUCGGUGCUGGCUGAGGAUGGAUCUGCCGUGUCCGUCACCAGCACCAUCAACCACAUCUUUGGCUCAAAGGUCUUCUCUCCGAGCACCGGAGUCAUCCUCAACAACGAGCUGUCCGACUUCUGUGGCCGAGUUGACAAUCUCUUUCCUGGGGAUCAGCCUCCCUCCUCCAUGUCUCCCGCUGUGCUGAAGUCUCAGUCGAAGACGCUGGUGAUUGGAGCGACCGGUGGGAGCAUGAUAACGACCGGGAUCGCCUCGACGCUGAUGAACCACCUUUGGUUUGGAAAGAGCCUGAAGGAGGCAAUCGCUGCCCCUCUUGUUUUUAUCAACUCUGAAAACGCACUGAGGUUUGAAACCAACUUUGACAAGAAUGUAAUCAAGGCUCUUAAAGCUCUGGGACACAAUCAAGAGAUAUCGAGCAUCUUCUACAACGUGGUCAAUGCCGUGGAGCAGAAUGACGGCUGUAUCUGUGCAGUGUCUGAUGCCAGGAAACUGGGCCAAGCAGCCGGAUACUGAGACAGCGAGUGAUUGACGUGGGUUGCGUGGGAUGGCCUGAAGGUUGAGGUGACCUUCCUGCUGCCACAAACAGAUUGUGUUUGUCCUGCUGGAAAAUUAUCCCAUGAGGCGCCAAAUAACAGGCGUCUUCAGCUGUACGCUUACAGUUACAUGUAGCGGUUAAAACAUGUAGCCUCUGACUGUUACUGUGACAUGAUGGAAACUACUGCCUCUGUGAUUGAAGCCGACCUCCUGUAAGUCUUGUGUUCAGCUUAUUUGUACCUGUUUUUAUCUCUUGAGCCAUUUUCGACAUUGAGUGUUAAUAUCUGGGAUACAUGCUACUUUUCACUGUCUCAAGAAGUUGAUAACUUGUUCAUAUCUCAUAUCAUGUGGUAUUCACUCUCAGUACUGGAGCACUGAUUAUACAGACAUCAUUUGAUAUAAAGUUUUAUUGUUAAAACAUCCUAAAAGUUGCUUUUUAGUAUGAAAACAUCCUGCAACACAUGUGAUAAUUGUCCUUUGAACAGAAGCUUUUACAAAAAACUGAAAUAUUACUUAAAUACAUUAUAUAGGAGCACAUGAAUUUCAUAUUAUGUGUAAUUCUUGAAUGGUAGUUAAACACAAUUAAUAAAAAGUACCUGAAAUGGAUUUAAUGUUUUUC